AUGGGGAAUCCUUGGGUUACUUGGAAUGUGCGAGGCAUGGGUCGUUCUACCAAACACAUGGUUGUUAAAAACCAUAUUUCGUUUACAAAACCUGGGGUUGUCAUGAUUCAAGAAUCUAAAUUAGGGCCUGAUAGAGAGAAUGUGGUUGAUUCAUGGGCAAAAUCGAUGGGAAUGAAUCAUCGCAUGGUUCAGGAAAAUGGUUCAGCAGGUGGCAUAAUCACACUAUGGCGGGGAAAUGUGCUGGAGGUAAUUCAGACAAUUACUGACCAAAGCUUCAUAGCGUUGGUGGCAAAACUACAUAAUGCAGAGGGACUGGUGCUUGUUGUCAAUGUAUACGGACCUCAUUCCGAUGCAGAGAGGUUUGUAUUGUUUACUCGGCUGGCUGAGCUAUUGAAUGAACACAACGGUGGGGUUUUUGUGGGGGGAGAUUUUAAUGCCGUCUUGAAAGAGAACGAACAGAAAGGGGGUGGAGCUUUGUCGUUAGGGGAUAUUGCGUUUCGCCAGUUUGUUAAUGAUGCUUGCUUGGUGGAUUUACCUAUGCAGAAGGGAGAAUUUACAUGGUCUUCGACAAGGAAUGAUGGUGUGGGGAGUCGGUUGGAUCGCUGGUUAUUGUCGGAAGAUGUGUUCUUGUGGUUUAACAACUUUAAUCAAUGUGCUUUAGAUUGGGGUAUAUCAGAUCACAGAGCAGUGGCUUUACACUUUGGGGUGGACGACUAUGGCCCAAAGCCUUUCAAAUUUUUUAAUCACUGGGUGAUUGAGGAUGGUUUCAAUGAAUUGGUUGAGGGUUGGUGGAGCUCAAUAGUGGUGGAAGGGUGGGGAGGUUUUGUUCUGAUGCAAAAAUUAAAAGAAUUGAAAGUCAGAAUAAAAGAGUGGAGUAAAUCAAGAGGUGUGUGGGGUGUUCAACGCAUUCGCGAGUUGGAUGAGAAGGUGCAUAAGGUGAUGGCUCGGAUGGAGGUGGAGGGAUCGACAGAAUCUUUGAGAACGGAGCGGAUUACAAUAAUGGGUGAAUUGUGGAAGGCAUACCGGGUGGAGGAGGCAACGUGGAUACAGAAGUCCAGAUUGCAGUGGGCAAGAGAGGGGGACAGAAAUACAAAAUUUUAUCACAGGGUAUGCAAAGUGAGGUCAGCAAAAAAAGCAAUUACACAGAUCCGGUCAGAGGGGCGGUUGCUUGAGGAUCCUCAAAGCGUCAAGAAUGCAGUGAGAGACCAUUUUAAAAGCUUCUUUGCGCAUGUGGCAGCAAAUCGACCUAGUAUACAGUGCCAGAAUUCGACCAAGGUAGAUGAGUAG